ACGAGAUUAUGUAAAUGAGCGGAUUCUGGCCGAGCCGGCCUAUUGGUCGUCAGAACAAAGAUCUGCCUUAGCCAAUCAAAGUGCCCCGUAGACAAUCCGGGUUCUGCCUAUAAAAGGCUGAAGCGGCGGCGUUUGCGGCGACUAUUCUCGGUCGUCGAGCGGGAGGUGGUCGCGGUGAGCUUUGCCGUCAUGUCUGGCCGUGGCAAACAAGGAGGCAAGGCCCGCGCCAAGGCCAAGUCGCGCUCGUCCCGCGCCGGCCUGCAGUUCCCGGUGGGCCGAGUGCACCGCCUGCUGCGCAAGGGCAACUACGCCGAGCGGGUGGGGGCCGGCGCGCCGGUCUACAUGGCGGCGGUGCUGGAGUACCUGACGGCGGAAAUCCUGGAGCUGGCGGGGAACGCGGCCCGCGACAACAAGAAGACGCGCAUCAUCCCCCGCCACCUGCAGCUGGCUAUCCGCAACGACGAGGAACUGAACAAGCUGUUGGGCAAAGUCACCAUCGCCCAGGGCGGCGUGCUGCCCAACAUCCAGGCCGUGUUGCUCCCCAAGAAGACGGAGAGCCACCACAAGGCAAAGGGCAAGUGAGGCCGGCGUCCGGAAGCUCAGCCAGCCCUGGUGGCAAAGGGGUACCUGUGAAAUCAAAGGCUCUUUUAAGAGCCACCCACCCUUUCAAAUAAAGAGUUGUUCACAGUA